AUGCAGAGCGACGUCACUAUGCUUUUUUCCCGAAGAAGAGGAUCAAACAGCCAACCAUUGGAAGAGUCAUGGUGUGAAUGCAAGGCCAAGAGCCUCAAAAAUUCAUCGGAUAUCACGGAUGACACCUCGGGAACAGGGCAUAUGCAACUUGCAAGUGAAUUGAGUUCAACCCAAUUCCUCGGAAUGAGUGUUUCCGUGGAAGAAAGUCAUCUUCGAUCUCAAUUCAUGCCAAAAGCCACCACUGGCAAGAGAAGUGAGUUGUGUGUCGGAAAGCAGAGAGCGGGAGCAGAAGAAAAGUGCAUAUGGCAUGAGAUGAGGAAAGGAAAUACCAAUGACCAAGGACUAAUGACCAAUGAACGUCCUCCUUGUUUUACGAGCAGGCGGGGUAGUACUCGUAAAUAUACUUCUCUUCCAAGAUCAUUGGUUCCAAAGGCUGUGGAAGGUCAAAUGGACUGA